CCUUACUCCUUGCCCAGGUGUGUCUUCCUUAGGCUUGGAGCUCUGGGAAUCUUCUUCUUUUCUCUGGGUCAGAAGUUUCUGUGCCUGGGGGGCAGUCCGGUGCCCUGUAGGACCUGCGGAUACAACUCUCAAUUCAAGUGCUGGGAGACGUCGCUGGGACAGGAAUUCUACAAGCUCUCCGUGUUCCACUUCCUCAAACUGGUGAUGGAGUUCCUGCUUGUCCAGCUUCCCCGCAGGUUCCUGAUCUCCAGGUUGCAGUGUCGUGUGGUGCGUUGGCUUGGCAAGGAAAAAUUUCACCUCUCGCAGAAUGUCCUGGAUACAGUGUACAGCCAGACGCUGGUGAUGGGAGGAAUGUUCUACGCCCCCUUACUUCCACUUCUCAACCUCAUCUUCAUCUUUAUCACCUUCUAUAUUAAAAAGUAUUCUCUGUACCGGCUGUGUGACGUGUCCAAGAAACUGUACCGAGCCUCC